CAUUCUCAGUCAGGAAACUGCGGAUUGCAGCAAUGGCGACCAUCACCCAAACUCAAACUGUGGAAGAAUUUAUGCCAAAGUCCCAAAUGAAACAAAUCUUAUCGCCAAAGACUAAACCAAGUCCAAAAAACAAACAAGAACCACAAGCUUUAGGAUGUCCAGAAGACUGUCCGUGCAAGAUAAACACCCAAAAAGCACAGAGGCGCCCACUACAAUUGCUGUUCAAUGUAAUCGGAAUUAUCGUGGCGCUAGUAGCCACUUACAUGAUAGUGACCACAGAUUCUAACAUCUAUUUAAUAUUUUGGAUUUGUUACUCUGUGCUAAGACGGUUAACGAAGUCUAAAUCUAGAUCCCGUGUUAAGUCUGACUGA